AUGAGGUUGAAUAAUACGAGAAUGAAGUGGGAUUAUUCCAGAAAAGAACAAAAUGCUCAGAAGCUUGUUUCUGAUUUUCUUCUUGAUUCAUGGAAUAGUAGCACAAAAACCUGCAGUUGCACCAAAAGCAAUGAGCCUCUUGUAAUAGCCCGUGGUGGUUAUUCAGGACUCUUCCCUGAAGGCUCUCCAGACGCCAUUACAUUGGCACGAGACAUCAGCAUUUUAUUUUGCAAUCUUCAGUUGUCAAAAGAUGGCGGGGCCUUUUGCAUCACGGGAUCUACACUUGACAAUGGAACAACUAUAGAGUUCUUCGAUCCUAAGGAAAGUACCUAUAAUAUUAAUGGGAAGGACGUGAAAGGACACUUUUCAGUGGAUUACAAUUCCGAACAGAUUGGCAUGAAUGUAUCAGUGAUUCAGGCCAUAUUUUCACGACCCAGUGCUUACGAUGGUCUUGAUCCAAUUCUCAACCUUGAUAGUCUGCUGAGCACGAAAAACCCCCCCAGGUUUUGGUUGAAUGUUCAGAAUGCAGCAUUCUACCAAGAAAAGGGAGUAAAGGUGGAAGAUAUUGUUUUGGAAUUAUUGGAUUCCUAUCGAAUAGAAUUUGUUUCAGCUUCAGAUAUGGGCUUCUUGAAGAGUCUCAGUCAGAAAUCUAACAAUACCAAGGUCGUCUUUCAACUUCUUAACGCUAAGGAUGUCGAACCUUCAACCAAGAAGCCAUAUGAAAGUAUUAUAAAGGAUAUUGCUACAAUCAAGUCAUUUGCAUCAGGCAUAAUAGUCCCAAAAGAUUACAUAUGGCCCAUUAAAGCAGACAAAUAUCUGGGACUUCCCACCACAGUUGUGGCUGAUGCCCAUAAAUCUGGACUAGAAGUCUAUGCUUCUGGUUUUGCUAAUGAUUUUUUUGCUAGCUAUUCUUAUAACUAUGAUCCUACCGCUGAGUACCUUCAAUUUUUCGACAAGGGAGAUUCUGUUGAUGGUGUUGUCACCGAUUUCCCAUCAACAGCAUCAAAUGCAAUAUUUUGCUUUUCACACAACAAUACCUUGCCCAAAAAAGGACCAACUUUGGUCAUAAGCAACAAUGGUGCAAGCGGAAUUUAUCCAGGCAGCAGUGAUCUUGCAUAUAAGCAAGCAAUAGAUGACGGUGCUGACAUUAUAGAUUGUUCAGUUCAAAUGACAAGAGAUGGCAUUGCCUUCUGCUCAAAUAGCUCAGACCUAGGCCCAGAUACCAACGCAAUGACUAAAUUUAUGUCUCGAUCUUCCAAAGUCCCAGAUAUUCAACCAAAAUCUGGAAUAUUCUCCUUUGACCUUUCCUGGAGUGAGAUUCAGAAAUUAAAACCUCAUAUUGUUAAAAACGGCGAUUUCCAAAGAAACCCUGCAAACAAAAGCAGCGGUAAAUUGAUCACCCUCCAAGAUUUUCUGGAGUUAGCCAAGACAAAGGCAGUUCCUGGCGUUUUGGUAAACAUUCAGAAUGCGGCGUACCUUGCAUCAAAAAAGGGUCUUGACAUUGUGGAUGCUGUUAGCAGUGCCUUGAAAAACGCCACCUUCGACAAGCAACAAGUCCUGGUUCAAUCAGAUGACAGCUCGGUCCUAUCUAAGUUUAAAGAUAACCCGUCUUACAAAAGGGUACUGUUUUUGAGUGAAAAGAUUGGUAGCGUGCCCAAAAAAACAGCGGAAGAGAUAAAAAAGUAUGCGGAUGCAGUGAAUGUUCCAAAAACCUCUGUUAUCGAAGUAUAUGCCUCUUACUUGUAUCGAUUGACCAAUGUUGUUAAGGAGUUGAAAGAUGCAAACCUCACAGUAUUCGUCCGUACACUUAAAAAUGAAUACACGUCACUGGCAUUCGACUACUGGUCAGACCCUAAUAUCGAGAUUGCUACUUACAUCCAGACUGCUAUGGUUGAUGGAGUAGUCACCGACUUUCCUGGCACUUCGAGUAGAUUCGUCUGGAGUCCCUGUAGCGAUAUUAACAAUCAAUUUGCUAUCUUACCGGCCAGACCUGGUGAUCUACUGAAAACUAUCCCAGCCCAGGACCAGCCACAAGCGCAGGCACCACUUCCUCCUCUUCAGGUUGCAAACGUUGUUGAUCCACCUCUUCCUCCAGUCAGCGACGCUUCUAAACCGGCUGAAACUCGGCCUGCUGAUGAUGCUACACCUGCCGAUGAUGCUACACCUGCUGCCGACGGUCCUGCAGCUUCAGCCGCCACGGCAGAGCUUGCUAACUGUGGCCUCUCAGCUGUAGCCAUUUUGGUGCUUGCUACGCUCUUGCACAGAAAUUAAUGUGAUAAACACAGCAAAAUCUAGAGAACACUAACUUAACCCUAACAUUGGUUCUACAAUUACAUUCCAUCUUGUAUCAUAGAAACAACACGAGAUUGGUUCUACAAUUCUUAUUAAUGGGUUAUUCAUCAGGCAACCCUUUUUCCAACGCUUGCAUUUGGAUUAUUAGGAAUUGUGUCAAUAGUGCAAUAUAAACGCAAAAUCCAUGCCAAAAUGCAAAAUUUUAUAAGCUUGCAACGAAAUACACUGCGUCCAGUAUUUAAAGGGCACAAUGCUGAAGGACAUUGUAUAGAAUUAUAAUUAUAAUUAUUAAAACAAUUGCACAUACAGUAAUUAAUCUUCUUUCUUCAAAUGCAAUCGUAACAACUUUAAAUGACUUCCCCAAUCAUACAAUUACACAACAAUUUAAGAAUUGGAUUCUACUACAAUCUAACUAUAAAUAUAUUGUUACAUGAAUGGAACAAGCACGGUUCAAACUCCUAUACAAACCGUUGAUGAACAUUACAUAGAAAAUCAGAAAUAUAAACAUUGAUAUAGAAUAUUGUGACUAGUUAUUCCGUGAAAUGUACACCAAGCGUGUUUUCUUAGACAGCUCGAAGAUAACCGAAUAGCAGAACUUCACUUUAAGCCCAUCCUGCAGGCAUGUUGCAUGAAACAAGUUUAAAAACAUCAGGUUACAAAAGUUUAAGAACAUCACAGCAUCAAAAAAUACCUGAAAUUAAAAUACAGCAAACGCAUCGACCACAUGUCACACACUAUUCAAAUAGCAAAAAAUUAAAGUAAAUUAGGGUUUCCAGGGAGGGUACAAAGUGAAACCAAAACCAUGCAGAACCGAUCAACGAUACGUUCGUCGGACGAUGUAUGGAAUGAGAGAGGAAAGAAAUAACCGAUGAGAUCGGGAAAGGCGUUUUUCCCUUCUCUCACUCCAUACACCUCUGACAAAUACUACGUUGAGACAUUGCCGACUAUGGAAAUAUUCGAGCGCGAAUCACGGAGGCUCAGAUCUAUCACAACGACAGAUCGGAAGUCGAAAAACAACACCACCACGGAUGGCUGCAACAAGAUCACACAAGCGAUAACGUUGCCUCGCCUCCGGCGACCGAUGUUUGACGGCGACCGACGUAUCGGGUCCACACUCCAAAACAAUCUUCACAGCCUCUUUUGGUUCAGAGAAACAGAAGAGAACGAGGCAUGGCCCUGAAGUAUAAAAGAAAAAGAAAAAGAAAAAAAGGAACAAGUAAUUUAGCAGUGUCAAUUGAGACACUGAAAGAGGGAGAAAGAGAGAGAAAAAAGAAAUGCGCCAAUUAUUAUUGUUAUUAUUAAGAAAAUAUGGAGGUGCAGGAUGAAACAAAUGGAAUAGCCACGAGAUUAGGUUUUGUGGAAGCAUCAAAGCAGAGACAUCUCAUUCAGGGAGGAGGGAGUGUGGCGGCAACAGAAAC